AUGGACGGGCAGAGUGGAACGAGCGGUGAAGCGCGGGUGCGGUACGGAGUGGUGGGGAGCGGCAUGAUGGGCGUGGAGCACAUCCACAACCUCGCCGCCAUGGCGGCCCGCCCCGACCUGACGGGCGGCGAGGCGGUGCAGCUCGUGGCGCUCGCCGACCCCCACCCGCCCUCGCAGGUCGCCGGGCUCGCCGCCGCUGCCCGCGCCGGCUGGACCGACGUGCAGCUGUUUCCCGACGUGCACAGCCUGCUGGCGAGCGGCGCAUGCGAGGUGGACGUGGUGGUGGUGGCGACGCCCAACAUGACGCACGCCGCGCUGCUGCAAGCCAUCCUGCGCCACCCGCGCCGCGUGCACGUGCUCGUGGAGAAGCCCCUCGCCACCUCCGUGCGCGGCUGCGACCUCUGGAUGUUGAUUGCACGCUGCCAUGCCCGCCCUUCCUGUCCAACCACCCGUCCCCUCCCUGCCUCUCACUACGUUGCUCCCGCACAUGCCGUGCUGUCUGCCCUCCUGCUCGCCUGUCUGCCUGUCUGCGCGCCCACUGGCGUGCAGGUGUUGGCGCUGGCAGCGGCGAGGGAGCGAGCAGCAGCGGGGGUGGUGCAGGUGGGGCUGGAGUACCGCUUCAUGCCGCCCGUCGCCGCGCUGCUAAAGGAAGUGCAGGGGGGCGCGGUGGGGCGAGUGCACAUGGUGGCCAUCAGGGAGCACCGCUUCCCCUUCCUCCACAAGGCACGCCCUCCCUGCCCACGCCCUCCCUGCCCACGCCCUCCCUGCCCACGCCCUCCCUGCCCACGCCCUCCCUGCCCACGCCCUCCCUGCCCACGCCCUCCCUGCCCACGCCCUCCCUGCCCACGCCCUCCCUGCCCACGCCCUCCCUGCCCACGCCCUCCCUGCCCACGCCCUCCCUGCCCACGCCCUCCCUGCAGUGCUGUGGGGCGCCGUGCAUGGCAGGUGGGCGCGUGGAAUCGGUUCAGCAGCAACAGUGGCGGCACGCUGGUGGAGAAGUGCUGCCACUUCUUCGACCUCAUGAACCUCAUCCUCCAUGACACCCCCACAUGCGUGAUGGCGUCGGGCGGGCAGAGCGUCAACCACCUCUCUGAGGAGUACGAUGGCAAGGUGUCAGACAUCUUAGACAACGCCUACGUGAUCGUGGAGUACCAGGGGGGCGGCAGGGCUUGUCUGGACCUCUGCAUGUUUGCCGAGGGGUCGCGCAAUGAACAGGAGAUAUGCGUUGUGGGGGACAAGGGCAAGGUGGAGGCGCUGGUCCCUGAAGGCAUCAUUCGGGUGGGCAGGCGUGACGGGGGCAGGCAGGGCGUGGUGACUCGCACAUGCAGCGAUGAGCGCAUUCAGUGA